GGGGCCCGGGGGCCGGGCGGCUGUUUCCUGUCCUGGUGCAUGGUGGUCGGACGAAGGAAUUGUUGGAAAAUUUUCUCGGAGGUAGAAAAUGUUGCUAGCCCAAAUAAAUCGGGAUUCUCAGGGCAUGACAGAAUUUCCUGGAGGAGGAAUGGAGGCUCAACACGUUACCCUAUGCCUGACAGAAGCAGUCACUGUGGCAGAUGGUGACAAUUUAGAAAAUAUGGAGGGAGUAAGCUUGCAAGCAGUAACACUUGCAGAUGGCUCUACUGCUUACAUACAGCACAAUUCUAAAGAUGGCAGGCUCAUCGACGGCCAGGUAAUUCAGUUGGAGGACGGUUCUGCUGCUUAUGUUCAACAUGUACCCAUUCCUAAAAGUACAGGGGACAGUUUGCGUCUGGAGGAUGGUCAGGCAGUGCAGUUGGAAGAUGGAACUACGGCGUUUAUUCACCACACCUCCAAAGAUAGUUAUGACCAGAGUGCGUUACAGGCUGUUCAACUGGAAGAUGGCACAACAGCUUACAUCCACCAUGCAGUGCAAGUCCCACAGUCUGAUACCAUCCUGGCAAUUCAGGCUGAUGGGACAGUGGCAGGGCUGCACACUGGAGAUGCCACAAUUGACCCCGACACCAUUAGUGCUUUGGAGCAGUAUGCGGCAAAGGUGUCCAUUGAUGGAAGUGAAAGUGUAACAGGGACUGGAAUGAUCUCAGACAGUGAACAAGAGAAAAAAAUGCAGAUUGUCUUACAAGGACAUGCAACAAGAGUAACUGCUAAGUCUCAACAGAGUGGAGAGAAGGCAUUUCGAUGUAAAUAUGAAGGAUGUGGGAAAUUAUAUACAACAGCUCAUCAUCUUAAGGUCCAUGAAAGGUCACAUACAGGAGAUCGGCCUUAUCAAUGCGAGCAUUCAGGCUGUGGGAAAGCAUUUGCAACAGGUUAUGGAUUAAAAAGUCAUUUCAGAACUCAUACCGGAGAAAAGCCAUAUCGAUGUUCAGAAGAUAAUUGUACAAAAUCUUUCAAAACUUCAGGAGACCUACAGAAACAUAUCAGAACCCACACAGGAGAAAGGCCCUUUAAGUGUCCCAUUGAAGGCUGCGGUCGGUCCUUUACCACAUCAAAUAUCAGAAAAGUGCACAUUAGGACACACACAGGAGAAAGACCUUAUUACUGUACAGAACCAGGAUGUGGGAGGGCAUUUGCCAGUGCAACUAAUUAUAAAAACCAUGUGAGGAUACAUACAGGAGAAAAGCCAUAUGUUUGUACAGUUCCUGGGUGUGACAAAAGGUUUACAGAAUAUUCCAGUCUGUAUAAGCACCAUGUUGUUCACACUCACUCUAAACCAUACAAUUGUAACCAUUGUGGGAAGACGUACAAGCAGAUCUCCACGCUGGCCAUGCACAAACGCACAGCCCACAAUGACACUGAGCCCAUUGAGGAAGAACAAGAAGCCUUCUUUGAGCCUCCACCAGGUCAAGGUGAAGAUGUUCUCAAAGGGUCCCAGAUCACAUAUGUUACAGGUGUAGAAGGGGACGACGUUGUGUCUACCCAGGUAGCCACAGUGACCCAGUCUGGACUGAGUCAGCAAGUUACGCUCAUAUCCCAGGAUGGAACCCAGCAUGUCAACAUAUCGCAAGCUGACAUGCAGGCCAUUGGCAAUACCAUCACAAUGGUGACGCAGGAUGGCACGCCCAUCACAGUCCCUACUCAGGACGCAGUUAUCUCCUCAGCAGGAACACACUCUGUUGCUAUGGUCACUGCCGAGGGUACGGAAGGGCAGCAGGUUGCCAUUGUGGCUCAAGAUCUGGCAGCAUUUCAUACUGCCUCAUCAGAAAUGGGGCGCCAGCAGCAUAGCCAUCACUUAGUAACUACGGAGACCAGACCUCUGACCUUAGUGGCAACAUCCAAUGGCACCCAGAUUGCAGUGCAGCUAGGAGAGCAGCCAUCCCUGGAAGAAGCCAUCAGGAUAGCAUCUAGAAUCCAGCAAGGAGAAACGCCGGGACUGGAUGACUGAGGUCAGAACUGUGGCACUGUGAACCGGGAGGAGCGAGCCUCCAUCCUCCCGCAGCAGAAGCCCCUGGAGCCUGGGCCGGCAAACCAGAAGUUCCGUUCCUGAUACACUGUACACCUUUUUAUGCAAGAGUGGAGAACAUUUUCUUUUUGACACUUGUGUAUAUAGCCCCUGGAAUAAAUUCCCAACGUGAUUCAUUGUGUACAAGGAAGUAUGAAAGUAGGGCACUGCAGUAAACGUUCAUGUCACUCUUCAUCAGAUUGCAGACUCCUCGAAUCUACCUGCAAGUACCAUGAAAUCUGAGCAGUCUGAUGGGCUUUUAACUUACUGUGAAAAAUAAAUAAAUAAAUAAAGGCUGUAUCUAAAAUGUCACAGGUUCUACAUGUCAAACAUCGUGAUUCCAAAAGCCAUCGUAGACAAUAAAGGGGGUGAAGCCUUCAGCUCCCCUCCCGCUUAGGAGACUCUGCGGUCUUCUGCCACUCUCCACACACUGGUCUGUUUCUUCUCGCACUUCAAGGUUUGAAGACGUCUCGUUUUGUUUCCCAUCCUGGUUACAUGCCAAUUCUUCAAGCUGAAAUGCUGAUUAUAUUAAUUUUACAUUGAAUUAUGUAUAAAACUACAAUGUUUGGGUAUUUAAAAUUCAGCAUUAAAUCCUGGAUUUGAAGCUGGGCAUGGUGACUCACACCUGUAAUCCUAGCACUUGGGAGGCUGAGGCAGGAAUUGCUGCAAGUUUGAGACCAGCCUGGGUUACGAGCUGUGUACUGAAU